AUAACAGUGAAAGAGUUCAAAGAGAAAAUUGCAAAUUCAGUGGAUAUCCCAGCAAACUUACAAAGGUUGAUUUACCAGGGACGAGUCUUGGUGGAUGAGAAGAAACUAUCUGAGUACAAUGUAGACGGGAAAGUGAUACACUUAGUUCAGCGGCCACCGCCGUCAGCAACUAGAGCAUCAGCAAAUAGGACACAGACAACUACGUCAUCAAGUACACCUACGACAACGCGAGAGAGUAUAGUGCGUAUUGUACAGCAGGUAGUAGGCGGGAUGGGUGAUGUUGGAAGGAAUGCUCGGGUCACAUCAAGGCAAUCCGCUGAUGGCUCUGCAGUGGAUGUGCACAUUAAUCUAGGUCAGAUUGCCGCGCCACAACUACUUAGUGAAUCUCAACAACGAGUUGUACAUGUACGAAGAAUGAUUCAACAAGCAAAUGAAAUUAUUGACAGACUUGAGUACACUCCAAGCAGACGUGGCUCUGGUGACAGACCGUCAAGUACUAGAGGGAACGGUACAACAGAAAGCAUGGAUACUACCACUUCGGAUACCACAGCCUCCUCGGGUACCGCUUCUACGACUGCCACUACCACUACAAGCAGUGGAAGUACAAGUCCAAGAUCAUUAACUAGUUCUUUGCUUUCACAAAUAACAUUAGGCUUGAAUCAUCCCAACGUUGGAACAAUGGCUGAUUUGGUAGAUGAAAUGGCUACAUUACACAACCGCUUACGGCCACAUUUAGACAGAUUUCAACAGCUUAUGAGACAAGACCCUAGUUUUACUGGGAAUGAGAAUGCUGUACGUUCUGCCCAGAGAGAUUGUAAUUUAGUGACUGAAAUAUUGCACUAUAUCAGCCAUGCUUACCACAGCAUGUCAGACUGUAUGGUAGAUUUCAUGACACCGUCACCACGGAUACUAAGAGCGCCGCCAACACCUGCGUUUCAGAUGUUACAGCAGAGUGCACGUGGAGCUAUGUUGCCCAAUGGGAAUGUAACCACGACAGAUGCAACUUUAGGAGCAAGAAUGUCAACUGGGAUGGCAUCGGCAGCAGCACCAGUAUCAACAUCAUCAGUAACAUCAACUAGCAGUUCGCAGACCACACCGUCACCACCAACAUUUAUUAACAUUGGUCAGCAACGAAUGGGUAAUCCUAGUGGUACUGGAUCAACAACUGUCGGUCCACUUCCUCCUGGUUCUAAUACCACUGGCAGUUCUAUAAUGAUGAUACCUAUUGCCCAUAGCAUACAGGUGGUGAAUCUCAGUAACAGGACAGUCUCCAACACUUCGACAAGUAGCACAACAACAUCCACAAGACCAUCUGCUACUAACCUGGCAUCCGGUACUUUUGGACCAGGUGCGUUUUUGAGACCUGGGGCAUAUUAUGCCACUCUUGGUGGUAGCGGUGGCACUGGUGGUGGCAACAUCAGCAGCAGCACUGGUGGUGGUGGUGGCAACGGCGGUGGAACUGGUGACGGUGGACCUGACAUUGACGAUGAAGGGGGUUUAUCCGAUGAAUUUCUGCAGUCUUUAGUGGAAUCUAUUGAGAGCACUGGUGCAACUGUUCACAGUGUAACGCCUGGUAGGAGGCGUACUCCUGCAAAUACAACUACGUCCUCCUCCACAUCCUCUACAACAGUUCAAUCGAGUCCAACUAGCACGUCAUCGUCGACUGCGACAACUGUUCAGUCAACAUCAAGCACCACAUCGUCUACAUCCUCACCUGGGUCACCGUUUUCGGGAAGACGUCAGAUUCCUGUGGCCAAUUUCCUUGGACUGAAUAUCCAUCGUGAUCCAUUCUUACCUUGCUCAUCACGUCACUUCUUCUUACGUGAACCACCAGCACAGCCUGCGACUACAGGCUCUGCAACUUCUGCAAGACAGACACAACCAGCAACAACCAGUGGCCCAACAUCAACUCCAACUCCACCAGCACCAUCCUCGCUUCAAGGAGAAGAUCAGCUGGCUGAUAUGAUUGGUAAUUUAGUUGGCUCUCUCAUAAAUCAGCAUAAUCCCUAUUUACAACCACAUCCACCGAAUGAAGUUAAUGAUAACAAUAACACUACUUCUGCCACAACUGCAUCUCGUACUACUGCAUCUCCUACUACAAGUACUAAUACUACAACUACAACUGCUGCUUCGUCGGCAGCAUUGGAUACUUCUAGUACCGGUGAUGAAGUUGUUGACGGUAUGUUAAACCGCUUCAGAAACUCAAUUGGGGCUAACGUUUCAGACAAUCCGUUUGUCCAGUUGUUUAGUACCAGCGGUGCUGCUUCUCGUGCAGGCAGUAGCAGACACGGUGUUCAAACAUCGCCAUCAGAUCAUGCGUUUUUCACUGUAGCGCGUGGUCUAGAAGAACAGAUGCGUCAAGCAUCGGAAGGUCGUGAACAAUUUGAAAGCAUAGAGGACUUCAUGAAUAGUAUGGGUUCGGCAGUUACUACAAGUCGUCCUGGUUUUUUCAAUGAUGUGUUCCAGUUCAUUGGCAGAAGUUUUUCAUUUCAUGAUGUAGUUACUCUUUAUGUGGGUCAAGCUGAUGUUCUGAACAGAGUGCGUCCGAACUUAACACAAUUUGUAAACGAGCAUAUACUGGAUGGAAAUGAAGCCACUGAGGAUAAUAUACAGAGUUCUGUUAAUAAAUUGGUAGAACAAUUACAAAUUGAAAUGGCUGAUGAGAUGAAUCGCUUGUCAACUGUGGAUGAUAUUGACUUGCUAGCAACCAAUGGAGAAUUCCUAAGGGUUGUCUUAACUAGAUUAAUCAAACUAGCUACAGAUUCAUCAGUUUCUAAUGAACAGUUUUCAAAUACAUUUUUGAAUAUGACUACACGAUAUAUACAUGAAUGGUUUGCUUUAAAUAUAUCCUGUUUAGAAAACGGUAGACAAGGAUUAGAAGAUAUGUUACAACAUAUAACUAGGUCAAUAAGCUCUGGUAUGAAUACUAGGGUAAUUGCUUGGAUAACUUCUAUGGUGUCUCAGAAUGUGCAGUCAUUCACAGAAGAACUUCAGGUCAGACCAGAGGAAGUCACAUGCUAUAUCAAGAGGAAAGCCCCUCCAGUUGCAGUAGAAACCAGUGCAUGUGAGGAAACAGUUUCCAUGGCAAUAUCUGAUGAUGUGAGCAGUUCAACUGAUAAGAUGGAGACAGACCAGAUUUCAUCAGAUACAACAAAGAUGGAGGUUGAAGAUGACGCAGCUGAUGUGUCAGAAGAAGUACCCCCUCUAGCGGCAGCUGCAUCACCUCCAUCCAUGGAAGAGAAUGGUGUUGAUAAAGAAGCUGAUUGGCAGAGUGUUGUUCCUGCUGACUGGGUGCCGGUAAUCAACAACGACAUCGUACGUCAGCGGCGCCAAGCACCACAACCACCAAUGAGUGAUGCAUAUCUUAGUGGGAUGCCACCCAAGAGAAGGAAGUUGAUGAAGCCAGGGCGUCCUGUUGGGGGAGUAGAAGAUAUUUUACCAACUACUUUACAGCGUGCAAUUGAAGCGGCUAAUGUUGAACCGUUAACAAGCAUGGAGGAAGUUACCGAAGAAGUUCGUGAUAAUCCAGAUUUGCAUGCAGCCUAUGAACACCAAAUUAAAAACACCAUUCAAAGACGAUUACAGCAAGAUAAAGAUUUUGAUCCGCACAAAUACCCCAAGACUGAUAAAUAUUUCAACCGUGAUGAAAAUUGACAUUAAUCUUUCACACAAACAACCCUUACCCCCCACCCUUUCCUGAUUUACAGAAUGGCUACUAUUGUGUUGAUACUGAAUAACGCUUGAUCCACCAAUACUGUGCCCUGUAACAUGAAUAACAUAAUCUGCAAUAUUAAAUGUUGGCGUUUGAAGUAUUGCUUUCUCUUAGCAACAUGAUUAAUGCCUGGUGCCCAAUAGUAAUUUUUCUUGGGCUUGUCUACAAUAACUUUUGGGUUCCAAUUUGUACUACGGAUAAUGCAGGCAGCUAUGUCUGUGAUUGGAAGUCAUUGCAUUCAUUAUACAGUAUUCUAUACAUAUGAGCAAAUAGCUCUCAAAGCCCUAAAAACACCAGGUAAACGGUGGUUGCAAAAAUGUUAAAACUUUGCUCUGCUGGUUGCAAAAAUGAUGAAACAGUGCUUUGCUAGUUGCAAAAAUGUUAAAACUUUGCUCUGCUGGUUGCAAAAAUGAUAUCAAUUAUUGCCUGAGCAGUGAUUCAGUAUGCAGAACAAGUUGGACAAUCGCAGAACUUAUUUCAGAUUUAAAUUAGUGGCAAGUUGCAUUUGGAUAGAUAUACACCUGCUGGCCCCUAAGGUUUUGACAUUUACCUUCCCAUUCUUCAAUUCACAGUACGUCUCAUACAUGUGAUAGGUGGAAAUCAUAGCUAGACCAAACAUUGCCAAUUUUUUUCCAGCCUGUGCUAAUGAAAGCCACUAAAAAUGCUUGGUGGUGCUAUGCAUACUGCAAAGGAUUUGUUGUACAUAACACAUGGCAAUUCGGUCAUCUAGACGAAUCAUAUUCAUGAGACAUCUAGUAAGACUGUUCAUGUAUACAACCUGAUAUAUGACAAUAUCUUGUUUACUUUUAUAGCCACCAUUACCGUAGUUUAAAUUGCAUGUAAUGUUUCAACAAAGCGGAUGGAUUAUCUUGUAUUUUUACCAUUGCUUGGUCAGCAAUGUGACCUUUGUACAUAAUCCUUCUGUGUGAUUUAUUUGUAAAUUUCUUAUUUAUGUCUCCUAUUAAUACAUUAUGGUGUUAAGUUUGUUUUAUUUUUGUUUCUACAUGAUUUAUUUCAUUUGUUCCUCUCUUCCUCCCACUUCAGUGAAAAUCUGCUGUUCGAUGGGUUGUAUUUGUCUGAUUUUAUGUUUCGAUACUGUUACCAUAAAACAAAUUACCCAGAUUCUUGUGUUUUUGAGGCUAGUCUAUCAGUCACACUGUAUUCAAAUUCGCUUUCCACAGUUUGAUAUGCAGAUUACAUCAGACCAUGUUGGGUUAAUAUGGUUAAUAAUUUAUUAUAUUGUAUAUGGGUGGCUAUUUACUGUCUUCUGCACUGCCACGAUUGUGAUGUAUUAUGAGAACCUGUUAUUCAUUGCUUUAAUAUCUUUUGGCAAUGGUGAGCAGUCUACAUGUUCCUUCCAAAUAAAUAGGAUUGCUUCUUACUCGCAUGUAAAUCUAGGUCGAUGCUUGCAGAUAAUUCAUAUUCUACAGCUUGAACAUUGUGUAUUUGUAAUGAUGCAUUUAUGAGGUUAAAAUAAUUCAUUUCAUGAUUGCGUUUUUGUUGAUGAAUACUGUAUCAACCCCCAUCAGAUUCUGUUUACAGUCAAUUAUACAUGAAAAAGUUGAGGAUUGUUUUUAUUUUACAUUUUGUUUUUACACAUUUGGUGGAAAAAAAAGACUAUUGAAUAAAUUAAUACAUUUAAAU